AAUGUGUAAGAAUCCGCAUCCUUUAUAUCCUUGUAACUGUGAUAAUCGUACAAGAGAAUAUACAAAGGAUUUUGGUAGGAUUAUCAAUAAAGAUAAACUUCCUAUUGUUGAUAUAGUUGCUAAGAAUUAUAUUAGAUAUAAUUUUCAAAUGGGUCAACUGAAGUGUAUUUUACCCUCAAAUAAUAUCAGUGUUAAAAACUGUAAUAAUAACAUUUAUGAUCCAGUUUCUAAUAGUUGCAUAUGUAAACCUGGUUACGGUGGAUCUACUUGUCAGCCAAUUGAAUGUCCACUUUACGUGGAAGGUCCACUUGUUGGCUCUUCGAUUGAAGCAGUUGAUGGAAUGGCAAUCUAUGGGGCAGUUCUUCAAUUGAAUUGUACAGUCGAAGGAUACCUUUUAAAUGAGAAAUAUUUAAGGCAUGAUAGAUAUUGUAUGAUGAAUGGUAAUUGGUCUACAGAUGAAAUAAUGACCUGUUCUUUUUGGUGUCCGGAGGACUUUUUUGCCUACAAUGAAAGUUGCUAUUGGUCUUCUCAAUCGUCGAAUAUCGUUGGAACCGAAGAAGAAGCCGAAUUCAUAUGCAAAAAGCUCGAUUCUUACCUAAGUGACUUACAAUCAAUCGAUUUGGCUUUGCACCUGAGAAAUAAGUAUGAUUUUGGUCCAACCUCUACACUAAUUGGAUUGAAAAAUUCAAGCGGAAGUCUUGAAUGGUCUAAUAGAGUUCCCUUUAGAAACGAAUCAAAUAUCUAUUGGGUUGACUCGUUUAACAAUAAUCUUCCAUCGGAUAAAUGUGUCCAUGCAUCUUUAUGCAAUGAUUCCAAUCCUUUAGAAUGGUAUGUAGCGGACUGUAAUAGUUUAGCCCCCUUCCUAUGUCAAGCUCAAAGAUGCCCUAGUUUAGGGAAUUUGCAGAAUGUUAACUUGUCUGACUUUAAACCUGAACAUAUGUUUGUUAACGGAAAGAAAACAGUUCAGUGUGACAUUAAGCACUCCAUCAAAAGAGAGACGAUAGAGCAAACUUUUGAGUGUUUGGAAGAAGGUGUUUGGAAGGCAGAACCUGAAAAUUGUACUCUUCACGAAUGUACAAAUUUUCCCUAUAUUCCCCAUGGCAAUAGAACCAUUACCUCCGGUAGUGUCUAUCUUGGUGAUACAGCUGAAUACGUUUGUAAGCCAGGUUAUCAUGGGUCGUACGAAGCAGAAAAAGUCUUCAAUGAAAAGUGCGAUCUACAGGGUUGGAAAUGGGACGGAUCUGCGGCAGAUUGCGAUGCAAACUUUUAUAACAGAACAUGCCAAGAAUACGCCGACAACGGAUUAAAUAUCAGCGGCUAUAUGAAAAUUGAUUUGGAUGGUCCAGACGGACCGUUACACCCCUUCCAAGUAUUCUGCAAUUUUACAAAUCAAAUUGCCAUAACAAUUGUACAGAUACUUCAUAACUCCAAGAAUGACACAAAUAUAACUUAUAACAUUGGCUUUCCAGAACUUAAUAACCUAAAAUCGUUAAGCUCCUAUUGUGAACAAGAAUUGAACGUUAAGCUUGAAUUUGGUUGGUUAGAUUUUUCAUCUGUAUAUUUGGAGGGUUUAAAUGCGAGCGAGGGCUAUUUCUUAGACGAUUUCGUUACCGAAAAUAUUUGUGACGUACCAGGGCCGCAUAAGUUUGAUUGUUCAUCGCAGAACUACAAAGAUAAUGUUGGACUUCUCUUAGGAAUUGAUCGAGUUCCAGUAACAGUUAGAAAACAAAACCAAUCGGUUGAAAUAGAAUUUAGAGAGUUGAGAUGUUUUAAAGAUAUAGAAGCGGAACCCAUUUGUGGACAAAAUUCGUGCGUGAACGGAGGAACUUGCGUACCUUUGAAUAGAAAUAAUGGUACAGACGAAUUCAGAUGCUACUGUGCUCCCUCGUAUACUGGCCCAACUUGUAGCGAAACUAUUUCUUGUCAGAAAGAUUUAGAAGAAGUUGUAAACGGAACUUGGAUCUAUUCAGUACCGGCUGAAGCAUCUCAACCUUACAAGAGUUGGGCACGGUUAAAUUGUACGGGUAGAACUUUUGUAGGUCCUACCUUCACUGGAGGUCUUUUUCUAAAAAAAUCAACCGCUCAUAUCCGAUGUACCAAAACCGGAAAUUGGAGCAAUAAUUAUAGAAAUUGCAACGCAACUUGCCCGGAAAAAUUUCAAAUGACCGAAAAUCCACAAAGAUGCCUUUAUAUAUCACAAUUUGAUAAUUUGCUCUUUGAUAAUUAUACUACUGCCGAAGAGUAUUGUAACAAACUCAACGCCGAAAUUAUCUCUAAGAAUAUAAGCGAUUUUUUAGGCUUGAAAAUGAUUGAUUACUUGAACAAUAAAGGAAAGAAUAAUAAUUCACAAAUUUUAACGAGUGCCUUCAAAAAAUCAUCCGAAGACUCUGAAUAUAUUUUCCAUCCGAAGGAAGAUUCUAUUAUCCUAUCAAAUGGUAAUCAAUCGGACUGUGUAGUUAUCGAAGAAAUGAACAGUCUUCUCUCUUACUUACCUCACAAAUGCUCAAAACCAGCUUUUGUUGCUUGCGAAUACUUCGAAUGCCCAACUCCACCAGCCCAAAAGAUGAAUUCAACACUAGUUUUUAGUAAUGGCGUUGGAUAUUUGAGCGUCAUUCAGUAUAAAUGUAACGACGAGUACGAAGGAUUCAAUAGGGAAGAAAAUAUCACUUUUACAUGUUCCUAUCAUAAGGGACAGAGAGACUGGUCUCCGCAGACCGUUACCGAUUGUCAACUUAUUGAUUGUUUUACUCCUCCAUAUGUUGCCGGUUCUCAAUACGUUGAAACGACCAUUACCACAACUAUAAACUCAACAGUAACUUAUCAAUGCGAUCCCGAAUUUUCUAUGCAGGGUAGUCCAAAUGUUACUUGUCAAAAAAAUGGAAAUUGGACAACUCCGCCAUUUUGCAAAAGGGUAAAAUGCACAAAACCUCCACCAGUUGUAAAUUCAACCAUUAUUGUCAGCAAUAAUUUUACAAUUGAUUCGAACGUUUCUUAUACGUGUAAUCCUGGUCAUAUACACCUGAACGGAAGUUUAGAGAGGUUCUGCCUACAGAAUGGCUCUUGGUCUGAAGAAGCGCCGUUUUAUAUCGAUUGUGGAUCUCCUCCGACCAUUCAAAAUUCUCAACUAUUAACAAAUAUGCAAACUUACUAUCAGUCCGUCCUUAACUAUAGUUGCAACGAUCACUUCCGAUUUGUCAAUAACAGCCAUACAACUUGUUUAAUUAAUGCAAGCUGGUCGACUUUACCAUUUUGUAAAAGAGUUUCCUGUCCAGAACCGCCAGCGGUUCUGGAAUCAACUAGAUCCGUUAAUAGUGGUCCUUUCUUGAUUGGUAUGCAAGUAAAAUAUACAUGUAACGUUGGUAGAGUUAUAAGAAACGGAGAUGAUAAUCGAACUUGCCAAGAGAACGGUUCGUGGAGUGGAAAUACACCUAUUUGUCACCUUGUAGAUUGUGGUCAACCCCCCUCAACAUCACAAGCAACCAUCCAACACCCGAGUCAUAGCUUAGGUGCCAAGGCUAUUUACACUUGCGUAGAAUAUUAUUCUCCUGAUUCAAAUACGUCUACAUGCCUACCAAAUGACACCUGGAGUCAUCAUCCAACAUGUUAUAGGAGUCAUUGUGAACCUCUUCAAUCUGUCGCAUUGACGACAUCAAUAGUGGAAGGUAAUAAGAUUGGACAGCGAGUUUCUUACGAAUGUAUACGAGGCUACAAUUUAACUCAAGGUUCAGCUGUAAGAUUUUGUACAAAUUCUGGUUCCUGGAAUGGUACCGAACCUAUUUGCGUUGACAACAAAUGUGGAGCCCCCGGAAGUGGAGAAAAAUCCGUAGUUCACUGGGAUAACUUUAAUCUAUCAAAGAUAGUUAAUUGGGAAUGUUCAACUGGAUAUGUGCCAAAAAGUGGAAAUGAGACUAUGGAGUGUACCAUUGAUGGAAAAUGGUUGGGAACGCCUUUGAAAUGUACCAAGAGAAGUUGCGGUCCUCCCCCACAGAGUUUUAUUAACGGAACACGUUUUAGUGGAACUUAUUUAUAUCAAGAUAUCCUAUCGCAUACGUGCGAUCCUGGAUUUAUAAACGUCACAGGUUGGGUCAAUAUGAUGUGCUUAAGCAAUGGAAAAUGGAGUUUUGUUGACCAAUUAUGCCUUCCCGACUCCUGUAAUGAACCAGAGACAGUUGAAAAUUCAAUAAGAAAGGGAAGUUUCGUUAUAAAUGAAACUAUCGAAUAUACUUGCGACCUUGGAUUUUCAUUGAAAGAUAAUUACGGUAAACGACAAUGCCAAUUAGUAAAUGAUAAGCUGGUAUGGAGUGGAAGUGUACCAAUGUGCAAAAGAUCGUUUUGUGGUCCACCUGCAACGGUCCAUAUGGCAUCCUUCAACGAAACGUCGUUUUAUUAUAAAGAUAAGGUUGUUUACAUUUGCGACGAAGGGUAUAAGCUAAAAUCUGGCUCUGCUGUUAUUUGGUGUGAUCAUCAAGGACAAUGGAAAGGUGAACUACCUACUUGUACCAAAAAGACUUGUAGAGAUCCUGGAAAUGUUACAAACGCGAUAAAAGAUGGCGGAUAUCUAAUUGAGGAAACAGUUACAUAUACGUGUGGCGAAGGUUAUUCGUUAAUUGGAAUGGCGUCGCUUUACUGCGAAAAAACUACUGCUUGGAGAGGUAAAAAGCCAUUUUGCGAAAGAGUUAACUGCUCUGUUCCGGCCAGUAUUAACAAUGCUGAUUUAUUUUUCAAUUCGACAAAAUUUAUGGACAAAAUUAAAUACGUUUGCCACGAAGGUUAUACAUCAAUAGAUGGGAAAGUUGUUUAUUUAAUCUGUCAGGCAAAUCAGAAAUGGACUAGACCACCUCCUGUGUGCGAAAAGGUCAAAUGCGGAGAACCGAGUAGUUCUAAGAAUGCCAAAAAGUACGGUUCGCAGUACGAUUACGGUUCAAAGAUUCAAUACGAAUGUUUGGAAGGUUACAAUCAAACAGAUGGUGAAAAGGAAAUAACUUGCAAAGCUGAUACGUCCUGGAGUGGCUUACCAUUAUAUUGUGAAAAAAUGAAAUGUCCCGAUCCGGAGGAUGGGGAAAAUGCCCAAAAAUUCGGUGAAUAUUAUUAUGAAGAUGUAGUAACCUAUAUUUGUGAUUAUGGCUAUAUUCUAUCGGAUGGAAGUGCAACUAGACAGUGUUUGUCAAGCCUUCGCUGGUCUGGAUCGCCUGCAAAAUGUUCACCCAUUCCGAAAAAACCAUCCGGAGGUACAGAUGAUAAAGCCACUGAAGAACUUAGUCAACGAGAUCUCGAGAACAACAUAUGUACACCACUUGGAGAUAUACAGGGAGGGAUAAGAUACGGUCUAGACGGUUAUGCUGAAGUGGGAAUAAGCAUAAUAUUUAGAUGUUUAGAAAAUUACCACUUUGAACACGAUGAAAAAGCGAUUACGUUAAAAAUAACUUGCAAAUCUGGAGGAAUUUGGGACGCUAAACUUCCUAAUUGCAUACCGGCAGUUUGUCCUAAACCACCGCACGUUCCAAACGCUAUAACUAAUGGACCCAAAGUACAUCUAAUAGGAACUGUUUGGGAAUAUCGAUGUCCAACUGGAAUGAUAUUUAAAGAAGGCGAUUUCAGUCGUAUAAUAGCCUGUAUGGAUAACAAGAAAUGGUCGGUUGACGCUUCUGAAUGGGGGUGUAAAUUGAUAACAUGCAUAGCAGAUUUAAAGGGUAAGAAAAAAAUUAUAAAGUAUAUGGAAACAGUUUGGCUACCGUGCCCUCAAAAUCAACUUCAUACGGAUGGUAGAAAUGGAGUUACUAGCUAUUGCAGACUCUCCGGUUGGAUGCAUCCUCGAGCGCCAUCUUGCGCCUCAGGAAGGUGCGGACCCGUUCCUAUGUCGAAAAAUAGUAGUAUGUUAGAUAUAGAACCAGCGAAAUAUGCUAUCUUCGUUUGUUUUGACGGAAUGAGAUUCCCCGAUGGACAUCGGACAAAGACCGUAAAUUGUACGGAAAACGGCUUUUGGGAACCGCUGUCAGUUGAUCCCUGCUCUCCUUGGAAUUGUCCACCUCCUCCGAAAGUGGCCAACUCAACAGACAACAAACCCAACCGUUAUCCUAUGGGUACGAAAAUUAACUACGAAUGUAUUCGUCACCACUCUUUCCCCAAUAAAAAAUUAUCACUUGAAAUACUAUGUACAAAGGAUUCGAAGUGGUCCACGCCGAAUCCGGACGACUGCGAAGAGACUUUCUGCUCGACAUCCGAUUUUAGCGAAACGCUUAAGAUGAAUUCAACUAAACAAUUACAUUCCGUGGAUACUGUACUUAUGUUGUGGUGUUUGAACGCUUAUUUACCAGAUGGCACCACCGAGAAAACAAUUCAAUGUUUACCUUCGAGCGACUGGUCUUCCUCCAGUGGCGACUGUUCGAACGCAAGGUGUGAAAGACCUCCCGAUGUGCCAAGAAGUAUUAUUUCAACGGGUAACGUGACGGAUAUCGGUAGCGUUUGGAUUUAUGAAUGUAUAAAGGGGCAUAAAUUUAAAAAUUCCGACGCAAUAUCAAUUUCAAUUGAAUGCCAAUUAAAUAAAUCUUGGAAUGAUACUGUUCCCGAAUGUAUCGAAGUGUUUUGCCCCAAUCCCGUAACGAUAGCGAAUUCCAAUACUAUCUACACAAAAAAAAUUAUGGGAUCUGUAGCAACCCAUCGUUGUAAUAGGGGAUUUCACUUGAAGGGGAAGAUCGUAAAGGAAGGGGUACCCCUCCAAAAGGAAAUAAACUCGACUUGUUUACGAAAUGAAGUAUGGAGUUUAGACGAUUAUUGGAUAAAAAAAGGCUGUGAAGAAAUUCAAUGUCCUCAUGUGCCAAUUGUUGAGUUUGGAAUUCCAUCCAAUCUCAGCGUCAAAUACGACAAUACGGUUGUCUACGUUUGUCGAACUGGUUAUAGAAUCUCCCUUCCAGGGGCCGAUGAUGAAAAGUCGCUGGUUGGAUCAUUCGUCAAUGGGACAAAUAACGCAACGGAAAAGAUUAUCACUGAAGCGUCUAUUCGAUGCGAUGAGAACGGAAUUUGGUCGGGAGCAGUUCCGCAAUGCGUAAUUGUUCACUGUAAAGAUAUUUUAUCGGAAAGUGAUCUUAUGGGUAAUACUACGAAUACAACUGCUUGGACGUUUGUCAAUUUUACUUGUCCGUUGGAAAGUCACUUUAAAGUGAAUACAAGCUUGGGAUACGUAUCGCAAACUUGGUUCGUUUCCCAAUGUUUUCCAACAGGUCCAACUGCAGAAUGGAAACCUACGGCAAAAGAUUGUACGGAUACCAAUAACAAUUCCGAACCAAAAGAGGCCCCCAACGCAAACGCCUACGGAAAUAUUGCAAUAGCUAUGCUAACGGUUACCUUUGGCGGUUUGGUAGUUGUUGAUAUUUUAACUAUAAAGAAAGAUAUUCUUACCUUGGCGCAUAAUCUACAUAAAGCUUUUGGUCAAGGACCGUGGAGUAAAUUUCUAGCGAAGAACGCAAAUACGGUCAACGGCCCUAGAAUAUCGACGGCUAAAUUAAGAAGUAUCCUUUUUCCUGGACAAGCAGGACAGGGUCCACAAUUAGGAGCUACCCAGAACUAUUCCAAUCUUUCGAAUCAAUUUCUCGAUUUACGAGCGCAAUAAUUCAUUAUAAUAAGAGGGAGAAAACAUUUUUUCAUUAAAUAUUAAAUAUCGAUAUUUAUCGGAAGGUAAUAAAUGAAAAAAAGAGAAAGAGGGAGGAAGAGAAAGAAAAAGAGAGUCAAUAUGUGAAUGGGGAGAAAAUUACCUUUAACUGUUGCUCUCUUUUAGAAUUUCUAUAUGUACUUGUAGUUAAUUAUAAAUAAACAAUGGUUUUCUAAUAAUAACGAAUAUUAUUAACAAACAACAUGAGACGAAAUUCAGUAGUGAAAAUGGUAAUAUCCGGUUCCUGAUAUCCAAUAUUUAGCUUAAGACAAGUAAUUUAUUUACAGUACAUACUGUACGUAUUAAUAUAUAAAUAUAUAAAAAAAUAAUAUUUAAAUACACAAAACUGAC